GUCACCUGGAAUUAACGCAAAUCCGGGCACGUCCUCAGGACUCGUCCCUCUCCGGGCGCCUAGCCCGGCAUUCAGCUCUCAAGGGCCACAAAUUUUGAGAGCAAUUCAGGGCUCAUUGUGUUGAGUUUUAUUUUCACAUCACUCACCUUGAAAUUGGGGGCUGAAACAUCUGGGUUGUUCUCAUUCUGAUUAAUAUUUAUGCGAGGUUGCAAUUUCUACAAGGCUUAGGUGUCGUAGUGAAGAGAUUAUAAGAAGCUGAGCCCUACUCAAAAUGCUUGAAGAAGCUAUUGCUAACAUCCGUGCUGCUAUUGAGGCAGGAAGAACAGAUAUCCUGCGAACUUUGAUUGAGGCCUGUGAACAAUGCGAGCAGGCCGACGCCGAGCACGUGACCAAGGACCGCGUGCUGUCCGGCCUGUGGACGCCGGAGGGCACGCUGCUGCACAUGGCCACGCGGCUGGGCCGGCCGGACGUGGUGCGCGCGCUGCUGUAUGCCGGCGCCGAUCCGGGCGUGCAGAACGCCGACGGCGACACAGCCGUCCACCUCAGCGCCUCUGACACCAUGCGCAGCGUGUACACCGACGAGCUGUUCAAGGCCACCGCCCAGUCCAAUGAGGGCCGUGUGUGCCAGCUGCUGGCCGCCGGUCUGGGCAUUAACGCCUGGGACAGCCCUCUCAGUCGCAACACGCCGCUGCACUGGGCGGCCAAUUUCGCCGACCGCGACAUGAUCACCUGCCUGGCAGAGAUCGCCUCGUAG